UUCUGGGAAGAGAUUAUGGGAAAAACUAUUAGCUGCUCUGUUUUACUAUCUUUAAUAUCUUGCUUUUACUUGCUAUUUGCCACUGCUUUAGACACCAUAACACCAUCAAAAUCCAUCAAAGACCCUGAAUUUAUAAUCUCCCAGAAUGGUAUUUUCCGAUUGGGAUUCUUCAGCUUGGCUAACUCCAGCAAUCGUUAUGUAGGGAUAUUGUACCAUCAAAUCCCCGUACAAACUGUUGUAUGGGUGGCAAAUAGAAACAGGCCUCUCAAAGACUCUUCUGGGAUUCUCAACAUAUCAGAUGAUGGCAACCUUAUUGUUUUGAAUGGCAAAACUGAGAUUCUCUGGUCAUCAAAUGUCACCAAUACAGCUCCUAGUGCAACAACUGCCCAGCUUUCAAACUUAGGAAACCUCGUUCUCAGUAAUGGUGACGAUGCAGGAAGCAGCUUAUGGGAGAGUUUUCAACACCCUUGUAAUGUCUUCCUUCAAACUAUGAAGAUCGGCGUUGAUAUAAAAACGGGUCGUAAAGUGGAGCUGAAAUCAUGGAAAAGCAUUGAUGAUCCAUCUGAUGGUAACUUUUCUCUUGGUUUUGAGCCUUUCAACAUCCCAGAGCUUGUCAUUCGGAAGUAUAACCAGCUCUAUUUUCGGACCGGUCCGUGGAAUGGGAAUAUCUUUAUUGGCAUAAUAUAUAUGUACACCGUCAAUUUUGAUGGGUUUGAUGUUGUUGCAGAUAAUCCACAACAACCGUACUAUAUCACUUAUGAAUAUUCUAAUGACUUUAGGUUGAUAUACUAUGAAUUAGAUACUCAGGGAAAAUUCAUUGAACGGAGAUGGGAUGCGGAGAAAGGGAACUGGAUAAACAGGUACCCUAGUCAUGAAACAGAUUGUGAUGUUUACGGAAUCUGUGGGGCAUUUGGAAUAUGUGAUUCAUCGAAACGACCCAUUUGCAGUUGCUUAAAGGGGUUUAAGCCUAGGAAUGCAGAGGAAUGGAGUAGAGGUAAUUGGAGUAGUGGGUGUUUUAGGAAUACCCCUUUGCAGUGCCAAAGAGAUAACAACAAUGGCAGUGGAGCAGGCCAAGGUGACGAUGAGUUUUUGGAGAUGCAGAUGAUGAAAGUGCCGACAUUUCCGUACCGGUCAUCAAUAGUUAACGGUGACUGCAAAAAUGAAUGCAUGAAGAAUUGUUCGUGCGUGGCUUAUGCGUAUGAUGAUGGCAUUGGUUGCAUGUUGUGGAGUGGAGAUUUGAUUGAUGUCAAGAAACUCUCCAGUCUCGGAGUCGAUCUUUACAUUCGUCUGUCUUCUUCGGAACUGGAUAAAGGGAAAAGUAGAAAGGUCAUUGUUAUUACAACAGUAAUUGCGGGCAUAGUAGUUAUUACAAUUUCUGCAGUACUCUUCUUAUGGUGUAGGAUGGCUAAACAUAAAGGCAGGAAUAAAAAACAAAAACAGGUCAAACACCAAAUUUGUAGGGAAAAUAUAGGAGAAAAUUCAAUUGGAGUUAAACUCCAGCAGCUGCCCAUAUUCAAUUUUGAAGAACUUGCCACCGCGACAAACAACUUCAAUCACGCAGAAAAGCUAGGGCAGGGUGGUUUCGGUCAAGUUUAUAGGGGAACAUUAGAUGGUGGGAAGGAAAUAGCAGUAAAAAGAUUGUCGAAAUCUUCGGUGCAAGGAUUGGAAGAAUUUAUGAAUGAAAUGGUGGUGAUCUCUAAGCUUCAACAUCGAAAUCUGGUAAGAUUGCUUGGCUGUUGUGUUGAAGGAGAAGAGAAGAUGCUCGCCUACGAAUAUAUGCCCAACAAAAGUUUGGACGCUUUUCUCUUUGAUCCAGCUAAACAAGAUGUUUUGGAUUGGAGAAAACGAUUCAACAUUAUUGAAGGGAUUAGUCGAGGAUUGCUUUAUUUACAUAGAGAUUCAAGACUAAAGAUUAUACAUAGAGAUCUGAAAGCAAGUAAUAUUUUACUCGAUGAAGAAUUAAACCCAAAAAUUUCGGAUUUUGGGAUGGCUAGGAUUUUCGGAGGCAAUCAAAAUCAAGCUAAAACUAAAAGGGUUGUUGGAACUUAUGGUUAUAUGUCUCCUGAGUAUGUAAUGCGAGGGCAAUUUUCAGAGAAAUCAGAUGUAUUCAGUUUUGGAGUUCUAUUGCUAGAGAUUGUUAGCGGAAGAAGAAACACAAGCUUUUGCAACGAUCAGUAUGCACUUAGCCUCUUGGGAUAUGCAUGGAAAUUGUGGAGGGAAGGCGAUAUUCGUGACAUAGUAGACAAAGUGAUUUUAGAGUCAGAAACAUAUUCAAAGAAUGAAAAUGAAAAAGAAAUAUGGAGAUGCAUACAUGUUGGUUUGCUAUGUGUUCAAGAAUUUGCUAAAGAUAGGCCCACUAUGCCUACCGUUGUUUCAAUGCUUAAUAGUGAGAUUUCAGAUCUUAACACUCCAAAACAACCUGCUUUCACUGAAGCACCACUAAUGAGUCAUGAUGUUGAAGAUAAGGUUUCACUUAAUGAUGUAACUCUUACAAACCUUGAUGGAUCUGUAUCUUCCACCUUCUUUGCUUGGCAAAUUAAGAAAGACCAACUUAAGCUCCAAGCAAGUCUAGUGGGUUCUUGUAAGAUAAUCACUUCCAAGUUCUGCACCAGUUACACGGUCAUGGGGAAAACUAUUAGCUGCUCUGUUUUAGUAGCUUUAAUAUCUUGUUUUUACUUACAGCUGCAAUUUGGCACUGCUUCACACACUAUAACAGCAUCAAAAUCCAUCAAAGACCCUGAUGUUAUAAUCUCCCAGAAUGGUGUUUUCCGAUUGGGAUUCUUCAGCUUGCCUAACUCCAGCAAUCGUUAUGUAGGGAUAUUGUACCAUCAAAUCCCCCUACAAACUGUUGUAUGGGUGGCAAACAGAAACAGGCCUCUCAAAGGCUUUUCUGGGAUUCUCACCAUAUCAGGUGAUGGCAACCUUGUUGUUUCCAAUGGAAAAGCUGAGAUUCUUUGGUCAACAAAUGUUACGAAUUUGGUUCCUAAUGCAACAACUGCACAACUUUUAGACUCUGGAAACCUUGUCCUCAAUAACGGUGAGAAUGGAGGAAGCAGCAUCUUAUGGGAGAGUUUUCAACACCCUUCUAAUGUAUUCCUUCAAACUAUGAAGAUCAGCACUGAUGUAAAAACGGGUCGUAAGGUGCAGACGAGAUCAUGGAAAAGCCCUGAUGAUCCAUCUGAUGGCAACUUUUUUCAAGGCAUUGAACCUUUCAGCAUCCCGGAGGGUGUCAUUUGGAACAAUAACCAGAUAUAUUUUCGGACCGGCCCAUGGAAUGGUCGUAUCUAUAUUGGUUUAAUACAUGUUAAUAGAGUUUAUUUUGAUGGGUUUUAUGUGGUUGCAGAUGAUGUAGAAAAAACUUAUUACGAAACUUACGAAUAUUCUACUGACUCUAGGUUGAUAUACUAUGAAUUAGAGUCUGAAGGAAGAUUCGUUGAACGAAUAUGGGACGCGGGGAAAGGGGAAUGGAUAAACGGGUACUCCAGUUAUCUAACAGAUUGUGAUUUUUAUGGAAAGUGUGGGGCAUUUGGAAUCUGCGAUUCAACGAAACGACCCAUUUGCAGUUGUUUGAAAGGAUUUAAGCCUAGGAAUAUAGAGGAAUGGAGUCGAGGUAAUUGGAGUAGUGGGUGUUUUAGGACUACCCCUUUGCACUGCCAAAGAUAUGACAACAAUGGAAGUGAAGCAGGCCAAGGAGAUGAUGGGUUUUUAAAGCUGAAGAAGGUGAAAGUGCCCGCAUUUCCAGACCAGUCAUCAAUAACUAACGGCGAAUGCAAAGAUCAAUGCAUGAAGAAUUGUUCCUGCGUGGCUUAUGCGUAUGAUGCUGGCAUUGGUUGCAUGUUAUGGAGUGGAGAUUUGAUUGAUGUCCAGAAAUUCUCUAAUCGGGGAGUCGAUCUUUACAUUCGUCUGCCAUCGUCGGAACUUGAUAAAGGGAAUAGUGAGAUAAUUGUUAUUACAACAGUAAUUUCAGGCAUGGUGGUGAUUAUAAUAAUUUCUGCACUCUUCUUAUUGCGUAGAAUGGGUCAACAAAGAGGAAGUAAUAAAAGGCGGGCACAGAUCAAAGGCAAAUUUCAUAGUGAAAAUAUGGGAGAAAGUUCAAUCGGUGUUAAACUCCAGCAGCUUCCACUAUUCAAUUUCGAAGAACUUGCCACCGCGACCAACAACUUCCAUCCCCAAAAAAAGCUAGGGCAGGGUGGUUUUGGUCCGGUUUACAAGGGAACAUUAGAUGAUGGAAAGGAAAUAGCAGUGAAGAGAUUGUCGAAAGCUUCGGGGCAAGGUUUGGAAGAAUUUAUGAACGAAGUGGUGGUUAUUUCUAAGCUCCAACAUCGAAAUCUGGUUAAAUUGUUUGGAUGUUGUGUUGAAGCAGAAGAGAAGAUGCUCGUCUACGAGUUUAUGCCCAACAAAAGUUUGGAUUCUUUUCUAUUCGAUCCCGUUAAACAAAAACUUUUGGAUUGGAGAAAACGCUUUAAUAUUAUUGAAGGGAUCAGUCGAGGAUUGCUUUAUCUUCAUAGAGAUUCAAGAUUGAAAAUUAUACACAGAGAUCUAAAAGCAAGUAAUGUUUUACUUGACCAAGAGCUAAACCCAAAAAUUUCAGAUUUUGGGAUAGCCAGGAUCUUUGGAGGUGACGAAAAUCAAGCCAACACUAAAAGGGUUGUUGGAACUUAUGGUUAUAUGUCUCCUGAGUAUGUAAUGCAUGGGCGAUUUUCAGAGAAAUCUGACGUGUUCAGCUACGGAGUUCUACUAUUGGAGAUUGUUAGUGGAAGAAGAAACAAAAGCUUUUACAACAAGGAUGACCUUAGCCUCUUGGGAUAUGUCUGGAAAUUAUGGAAUGAAGGCAACAUUUGGGACUUAGUAGGCAAGGUGAUUUCAAAGUCCGAAUCAGAUUUAAAGAAUAAGAAAGAAAUAUGGAGAUGCAUACAUGUUGGAUUGCUAUGCGUUCAAGAAUAUGCUAAAGAUAGACCCACUAUGUCUACUAUUGUUUCAAUGCUUAAUAGUGAGAUUUCAGAUCUUAACACUCCAAAACAACCUGCUUUCACUCAAGCACUAUUAAUUAGCAAUGAUUUUGAAGAUUGUGUUUCAUUUAAUGAUGUAACUCUGACGGGUUUUGAUGGUCGAUAAAGAUACAAAUUAAUUAUUUGUAGUGUUUACAAUUAAAGUUC